ACAUUUAUUUUGAAACUGCACAUGCGCUUUACACAGUUGAAGUUGCCAUGGUGACCAAGUGUGUUAGACUAGAGGACCUACAACGAGCAGCAAUCGUGACAUAUCUUUACCAACAACACACGGAUAUUUGUCUAUUUUCAUUGCAAAAAUCUAGUUCUAAAUAAUUUUAGUAUCCAGAACACUCUCAUUCAGCAAUUCUGUCUUGCAUGGUAAACGUAGUAACUAACGUCAGCUAGCUAACUUUAGCUUUUCGCAGUUUCACACAAACCAGGUUCCAACACUGUUCGGUUCUGAUGCAGCAUGUCUGAUUCGGCUGAGGUGAUAAACUUCACGGCGUUGGAGCGGGAGUUGCAGUCUGCUGUUGAAGCAGACAAGAAAUAUCAACGGGAAAACGAUGCAAAGUUUCGUGCAGUACACCAAAACGUUGGAACCUAUGAGGAGUUCAGGGACAUCGUUCUGGCAUCCCACCUGAAACCACUGGACAGGAAAGAUAAAGCCGGAGCUCCUCGCAAACAGCCCUGGAAUGCGCUUGCCUCAAAUAACAAAGGACAGAACCAGACCAGCUGUGAUUAUAUAAAGCCUCAGGUAUCAGAGUUCCAGCCCAGGACAGCGUCAGAAUUCAGCCGUGACUGGCGCAGGUUUGGCAGUGAGAACCCUAAGGAGAAAUAUGGCCUCUUGCUCUCACUAGGCGGAGAGUGCCUUUGGGGCAUCUUCAAAGCUGAGGUCGGCCUACUUGGGGAGUUUCUUGUGGUUCUAUCCAAGGGUCUCCAACCUGGGGAUGAGUCUUCCAUUACAGAUGUCCUGGAGGGCCUGUCCAAGACCUCCAGGUUCAGCCUCAACAUGUCUCUCCUGAGUCCUGAAGAGAGAGGAGCGUGUCGAGAGCUGUUGCACAACCUAUGGAAGGCGGCAGUGGGGAAGUGUGGGGUCAGAGUUCAAUCUGGAGAUGGAGGUGACGUUGUCACUGGAAGUCAUCUGAAAAAGAUACAAGAGACACACAAUCCUGAGGCAGAAGCUCAGAGUCAGGAACAAGGACAGGCCAGUGAGGUUGAAACUGUGAAUCGGUUAAUGGUGUUGUAUGGUGGUCAGACUGUCUCGCCUCCUUAGUGAGAGACAGGAUUAUG